AUGGCAAAGAAAGGAAAAAAUAAGGUUCAGAAGGAACCAAAGAAAAAGAAGAAGGCAAAGCAGGCACCAAAGGUGAGCCCAACACCAGUGCCUCGCGAGCCAGCAGUGCUGGUUUAUCCUGAGGAGGACGGCCCAAAGACGGCGGAAGAACUUAAGGCGCUCUUAAAACAGAACAUAAGGCCCGCUGAACUGCACGUGAAAGUCACGUCAGUCAGAAAACUCAAAAACGAGGGAGUGGCAAUCUGUGUCACAAAGAGCGAAGACAUUGAUACGCUCAAGAAGGCCAUAGAGGAAGCGAAAGGCCUCAAAGGAAAGUGUGGAGUAAAGGAGCCCUCCACACGCAACCCUCACAUUCUAAUCUUCGAUGUCGAUAAAGACACAGAAGAAGCUGAAGUGACCAAGGCACUUCGUAAACAAUUUGAGCUGCCAAAAGGUUCAGCCAAAGUCAGAAGCCGUCUCUCCGCACGGAAAGGCUAUGAGCACUGGGUAGUAGAAACUACGCCGGCUCUGUACAAAGAGAUUAAAGCGUGUGACAAACUAUCCCUAGGAUGGUCUCGCCACCGUUACAAAGAGUACCUAUGCCCUAUGAGGUGCUACAGGUGCUAUAGAUACGGGCAUACGCAAAAAAACUGCGUAGAAAGAGAAACAGAACAACUAUGUUCUAACUGCCCAGGAAAGCACUCCUACAAAGAGUGCAAAGAGGAGAAGACUUCCUGCAGAAAUUGUACGGAAGUGAACAUAAAGCAGAGACAGAAACUGGACACCGCCCACUCUACAAUGUCCAGAAACUGUCCGUGCUACGUGCGAGAGCUGCAACUGCAGCGUAACCGUACUACCUAUGGUUAA